AUGAUUACCAGAGGUAUUGCUCCAACCAUUGUUACUUACAACUCUUUGAUUCAUGGAGUUUGCAAUAUAGGCCAGUGGAAACAAGCUACAAGGCUGUUGGAUGAAAUGUUGAGUAAAGGUAUCUUUCCAAAUGUCGUCACCUUCAGUGUCUUGGUUGAUACAUUCUGUAAGGAAGGGAUGGUUGUGGAAGCCAAAACUGUGCUUGAGAUAAUGAUUCAAAGAGGAAUUGAGCCCGAUAUCAUUACUCACAACUCAGUUACUGGUAAAAAGAUCGAUCAGGCUUACAAGAUUUUCAACGAAAUGCCUCGUAUGGAACUUGUUCCUGAUACCGUUACUUAUACCACUCUUAUUGAUGGUCUUUGCAAAGCGGGGAGAAUUCAAGAAGCAGAAAAGCUCUUGUCUCAGAUGCAAGGUUGUGGCCAACAUCCAAAUGUCCAAACUUAUGCUGUUUUACUUGAUGCCCUGUGUAACAACCAGCAACUUUCUACGGCAAUAGAAUUGCUUCAAGAGAUGGAAGCCAAUAAAGUAGAACUUAAUAUUGUAGUUUACACUCUUGUUAUUGAAGGUUUCUGCAAAGCUGGAAAAAUUGAACCCGCAAGAGAUCUCUUCUGUGGUUUGUCAUCAAAAGGAGUUCAGCCUAAUGUGAGAACAUACAAUAUAAUGAUUCAUGGACUUUGUCACGAUGGCCUAUUAGUUGAAGCAGAAAAGUUUCUGAGAGAAAUGGGAGGGAAAGGCUGUUCUCCAGAUGGUUGCACCUAUAACAUCAUUAUCCGAGGGUUCUUAAAUAACAAUGAGACAUCAUGGGCUAUAAAACUUAUUCAAGAAAUGCUUGAGAGGGGUUUCUCUGCAGAUGCAUCAACUAUGGAAUUGAUAAUUGUUUUAUUUUCUAAGGAUAUAGUAGAUCCGGCUUUGUUGCCGCUGUUAAAAGAUUCACAAUAA